AGUGUUUUGCUGUGUUGGCCUCAGUCGAGUAUUUAUUCCUAAACAUGAAAUUCAGCUGAGAAAAGGGAAUUUCAUUUCUUUUUUCAAGGUAUUUGUGCUGGCUUUUUCUUCGUGUUGCUAUGUAGCUAAAGACUAGCAGAACAAAGGGGCUGUUGAACAACGAACAACAGCAGUUUGCUGCCAUGCCACUCACGAAGAAACCCCGGAAAGAACCCCUCUAUAAGCUAUUGGACCAAAUGGCACAGAAAUCUGGACUGCGGCACACUAUUUAUUUGUCAAAUGGUGAUAAAUACACAGGAGAAUGGCUGAACGACAAGAAACACGGAAAGGGAACCCAAGUUUACAAGAAGAAUGGAGCCCUCUAUGAUGGUGAAUGGAAAUACGGAAAACGCUGUGGCUUCGGGAUGUUCAGCUUGCAGCAGCCUGUAUCUAAAGAAUACAAAAAGGUGUAUUCAGGAGAAUGGAAAAAUGACAAGAAGGAUGGAUAUGGAACUUACUUCUACAGUGACUCUGCCUAUUAUGAGGGGGAGUGGAGCAAAGACAUGAGGAGUGGGUGGGGCAGAAUGUACUAUGAGAAUGGAGACGUAUAUGAGGGAGAAUGGCUGGAAGACAAACACAGCGGCACCGGAAUGCUCUUGCUGGCCAAUGGUAACAGGUACGAGGGAAGCUGGAAGGAGGGGAAGAAGCACGGCCCAGGGAAGUUCUUUUUCCCCAGCAAAGGCCAGCUUUACGAGGGCGUGUGGGCGGAGGGUAUCGCCAAGUGUGGAACCAUGGUUGAUUCCGGGAGGGAGGGAGCACCUGACCCGACAAUGUAUCCCAUUCCAAAGGUACACCUGGAGGAUGUAAGUGCUGUUCUGAUGGAAGCUCAAAAUUGCCUGAAAGGGAGAGAGUGAACCCAUGUGACACCCGGAUCAAACUGCAUUUAGAGAAGGAAA